UCCCAAACAAGAGAGAGAAAAUUAAUUUCUAUUAUUACUAAUUAAAUUAAAUAAACUUUCCACAAAUGGGAAUGUGUUACGACUCAAAAAUAGACCCCAAUUUACUACAAUACACUUCUCAUCUUCUCCCCCUUUCUAUUCUCAGUAAGCCUCUUUUUAUUUUCUCUCUCCUCCGUAAAUCUCUCUCUUAAUCCUCCAUUUUUCCUUAAUUUAAGUUCUUCUUCUUCUUCUACUUCUUCAAUUCAUUGCAUUUUUAUAAUUAUUUUUUGCGAACACGAGCUUGAUCGAGCUAACGCUUCUGUAAUUUCGAAUUCAUUUCGAUUUCGAUUUUGAUUUAGAUUUAGGUCAAAUGUUCUUCAGCUCAAUCCUCCAUUUUUUUUUUCUUAAUUUAAGUUCUUCUUCUUCAAUUCAUUCCACUUCAUAAUUUUUUCUUCCUCGUUCUCGAUCUUUUCCGAGAUCAGCGAACUCGAUCAGCUUGAUGGAGCUAAGCUGAAUCUUCUGAUUUGAUUUUGAAUUUUUGAUUUAGGUCAAAUGUUCUUGAGCUUCGUGAGCUGAUUAAUUGAUUAAUUAAUCGUCGCUUUUAGGUUAGUGAUUGUACAUUGUCUGAAUCGAAGUAGACGAAACUGAAAUUGAAGGAUGGGGAGAGGAAAGAUCGUGAUUCGAAGGAUCGAUAAUUCGACGAGCAGGCAAGUGACGUUUUCGAAGCGACGGAAUGGAUUGUUGAAGAAGGCGAAGGAAUUGGCUAUCCUCUGUGACGCCGAAGUCGGAGUUAUGGUGUUCUCUAGCACUGGAAAACUCUAUGAUUUCUCUAACUCAAGUUUGAAAUCAGUAAUUGAACGAUACAAGAAGACAAAAGAGGAGCAUCAACAGCUUGCAAAUCCGAACUCUGAGGCCAAGUUUUGGCAAAGAGAAGCGGCUAUGCUACGUCAACAAUUAGAGAGUUUGCAAGAAAACCAUCGGAAAAUGAUGGGUGAAGAACUGUCUGGUUUGAGUGUUAAAGACUUGCAGAAUUUGGAGAACCAGCUGGAGAUGAGUCUUCGAGGAGUUCGGACAAAAAAGGAUGAAAUUCUACAUGGUGAAAUACAAGAGUUAAACCGAACGGGUAAUCUUGUUCAACAAGAAAAUCUAGAAUUACACAAGAAGGUAAAUCUUAUUCGUCAAGAAAACCUGGAGCUUCAAAAGAAGCUCUACGGAUCAAGGGAAGUUAAUGCGACAAACAGAACUUCUUUCCUCACAAAUGGAAUUGGUCUGAACAUGGAAGAAGAUACAAAUGGACCUAUCUGCCUACAGCUUUGCCAACCACAGCAACAAGAAAGCGAAACAACAGGAAGAGCGACGAAUUUUAGACUAAAACUUGCUUAGCGAAGACGAUCUAUCUGUCGGGUAGACACACUGCCUCAACAUAGGUUACCCAAGUCCACACAAAUCUUUUUCAAUAGUUGAGUGCAAAAUCAAAGAUUACUCAUGAAAUGAGUUCCAGAUAAUCAAUGGAACAAACAUCAGCAUUGUUCACAAUUAUUCAGAAAUCAUCCAGCUACGCCAAACCCAGAUGGAGUGUAAUAAAGAUGUGCAUCACAUGUUUAAGUGCCAAGUGUUUUUAACACCUAUCCAUUAACUUUCACAUUUUCUUUGACAAUGUAUCCUUGCUCAGUAUCUUUGGCAAAAGUUGAGGUACUCCCUCUUCCGCAUUUUGUAAUAUUGUGUGAAAACACUAGGUAAGUUAUGUCAUCCAUGCCGUCCUAUGACUCAAGGACUGUAGUCCUGUACUUGUAGUUUUAACAAAUAUAAUAUAGAAAGCCGUGGACACUGGAAAAAGAGAAAUAGCAAGCAAGGG